AUGUCUAGCGAUAAAGAAUCCAAUUCGAUUGAAGCUGAAGCUAAGAAACGGACAAAUACUGAAUCGACAUUUUCUGAAAUAUCAGUAAUGGAGAAUCAAGAGCAAUCCUCAUCUUUUGAAUCAACAUCUGAAGCUAAGAAAAGCACACAAUCAAGAAAUGACUUGUUGUCUACAAACCUCUAUUAUCGCCAGACCAUUGAAGAUGUUGCCAAACACUUUAGUACAAGUCUAAUUGACGGUUUAAGCGAGCAUGAAGCAAAUGACAGAUUCCAACAAUAUGGUGCAAAUUCGCUAGGUGACGAUGCCAAAAUCUCAUAUACUAAAAUAUUGGCUCAUCAAGUGUUCAAUGCAAUGAUUUUAGUGCUUAUUAUAAGCAUGAUUAUAGCACUUGCUAUCAAAGAUUGGAUUUCAGGAGGUGUGAUUGGAUUUGUAGUUGGAAUCAAUAUAGUUGUUGGAUUUGUUCAAGAAGUAAAAGCGGAAAAGACUAUGGGCUCUUUGCGCAAUUUGUCUUCACCAACUGCUAGAGUUACUCGAAAUGGUGACGAUUUUACCGUGCCAGCAGAACAAGUUGUUCCUGGUGAUAUUGUUCAUAUUAAAGUUGGAGAUACCGUGCCAGCGGAUUUACGAUUAAUUGAUUCAAUGAAUCUAGAAACCGAUGAAGCUUUAUUAACUGGAGAAUCACUACCAGUACAAAAAAAUUCGGAAAUUGUUUAUAAUGACUAUUCUGUAGAUAUCCCAGUUGGCGAUCGAUUAAACCUAGUUUAUUCGUCUUCAAUCGUCUCAAAGGGAAGAGGUACUGGUAUAGCUUAUGGAACUGGCUUAGAUACUGAAAUCGGGAAAAUUGCACAAUCUCUAAGAGGCAAUAUAGGAAUUAUUCGAAAAGUUGAUAAAUCAAAUGGUAAACCGAAAAAGAGAGAAUAUGGUAGAGCGUUUUUCGGAACAAUUUAUGACAUUAUUGGAAAUGUACUUGGUAUCACUGUUGGUACACCAUUACAAAGAAAAUUGUCUUGGUUAGCUAUAUUUUUAUUCUGGGUUGCAGUGAUUUUUGCAAUCGUUGUGAUGGGCUCUCAAAAGAUGAUUGUUAACAAGGAAGUGGCCAUUUAUGCUAUUUGCGUUGCUUUAUCAAUGAUUCCAUCGGCACUUAUUGUUGUAUUGACUAUAACAAUGGCUGUUGGUGCGCAAGUUAUGGUUUCAAAGCAUGUUAUUGUUCGUAAAUUAGAUUCGCUAGAAGCAUUGGGAGGCAUAAAUGAUAUUUGUUCUGAUAAAACUGGUACUUUAACGCAAGGUAAAAUGAUUGCGAAAAAAGUUUGGCUACCAAAUCUUGGUACUUUAGAUGUUCAAAAUUCAAAUGAACCAUAUAAUCCAACUAUUGGUGAUGUCAAGUUUGCUCCUUAUUCACCAUAUUUCAUAAAGGAGACUGAUGAAGAAAUUGAUUUUAAUAAACCUUAUCCCAAUGACCCAAUGCCAAAGAUUAUGGAUCAAUGGCUAUUGACUGCUACACUUGCUAAUAUUGCAACUGUUAAUCAAAGUAAGGAUGAAGAAAGUGGGGAACUAGUUUGGAAGGCUCAUGGAGAUGCAACCGAAAUUGCAAUUCAAGUUUUCACAACAAGAUUGAAUUAUGGAAGAGAUACAUUGGUUGGCAACUUUGAACAUUUAGAUGAAUUUCCAUUUGAUUCAUCUAUUAAAAGAAUGUCUGCAGUUUACAAAGAUAAAGCAACUGGAGUUACUACAGUUUACACAAAAGGUGCGGUUGAAAGGAUUUUGCCUUUGUGUGAUUAUUGGUAUGGAGAAGGCACUGAUGAUUCUCAGGAAUUGAAGGAUUUCACGCAACAAGAUAUCCAAUUAAUAGAAGAAAAUACGGCAGCCUUAUCGUCACAAGGUUUAAGAGUCUUGGCUUUUGCUACCAGAACAUUGGAUGAAAAUAAUCUUGAAUAUGAAAACCGAGACGAGGUUGAACAGCAUUUGACAUUUCUCGGUUUGGUUGGUAUUUAUGAUCCACCAAGAGUUGAAACUGCGGGGUCAGUUAAAUUAUGUCACAAGGCAGGUAUUAACGUUCAUAUGCUUACUGGUGAUCAUCCUGGAACUGCAAAGGCAAUUGCUCAAGAAGUUGGUAUAUUACCAUCAAAUUUGUACCACUACAGCAAAGAUGUUGUUAAGGUAAUGGUUAUGACAGCUAGUGAAUUUGAUGUGUUGUCAGAUGAAGAAAUUGACAACUUGCCUGUUUUACCUUUAGUCAUUGCUCGUUGUGCACCACAGACUAAAGUGCGUAUGAUUGAUGCAUUGCAUAGAAGAAAGAAAUUUGCAGCAAUGACGGGUGAUGGAGUCAAUGAUUCUCCAUCGUUGAAAAAAGCUGAUGUUGGUAUUGCUAUGGGUUUAAACGGUUCGGAUGUUGCAAAAGAUGCUUCAGAUAUCGUUUUAACUGAUGAUAAUUUCGCUUCGAUUUUAAAUGCAAUUGAAGAAGGUAGACGAAUGUCUGCAAAUAUCCAAAAGUUUGUUUUGCAAUUAUUGGCAGAAAAUGUUGCUCAAGCAUUAUACUUGAUGAUUGGUUUAGCAUUUAUGGAUGAGACUGGAUUUUCAGUUUUCCCCUUAUCGCCCGUUGAAGUAUUGUGGAUUUUGGUUGUUACAUCGUGUUUUCCAGCAAUGGGAUUGGGACAAGAACGAGCUAGUGAUGAUAUAUUAGAAAAGCCACCAAACAAUCAAAUUUUUACUACAGAAGUUAUUAUUGAUAUGUUAGCUUAUGGUUUUUGGAUGGCAUGUUCGUGUUUGUUGUGUUUUGUGGUUAUUGUUUACGGACACGGCAAUGGAGAUUUAGGGUAUGAUUGUAAUUCAAUGGAUGCAAAUACUGACGUUUGUGAUUUAGUAUUUAGAGGUAGAUCGGCCUCAUUUGCUAAUAUGACAUGGUGUGCAUUGAUCUUGGCAUGGGAAUGUAUUCACGAAUCCAACUCGCUCUUUUACAUGAGACAAGAAACGGAUAAUCCAUGGUGGAAACAAACAGCAAUUGAUCUUUGGUCAAAUCAAUUUUUGUUUUGGUCAGUUCUUGGAGGAUUUGUUACCGUGUUCCCAGUGGUUUAUAUCCCUGUUAUUAAUACAAAAGUUUUCUUACACAAAGGAAUAUCAUGGGAAUGGGGAGUUGCCUUUGGAUGCACUGUUUUGUUUUUGCUAGGAGCUGAAGCAUGGAAAUGGGCUAAACGAGUAUUUUCUAGAAAGAGAAUUUCAAAGAAGGCCAAGAAUCCCGAAUAUGAAUUGGAGAGAGAUGAUCCAUUCCAAAGGUACGCCUCAUUUUCAAGAUCUGGUACUAUAGACAAUAUGAAGAGAUUGGUUUAG